CGUUCACAGAGUGAUGUUCUGCAUCGAAACUGAACAUUUCAACCUGAAUCGAAUUCUUCUACUCUCAAUCGGCUUGUGGCCAUAUAAAAGAUCAAUAUUCGUACGGCUUCAAGGAAUCUUGUUCUUUAGUAUUUUGAGUAGCUUUGUUAUAUUACAGCUCAUAACGCUUACUAUAAAAAAAUGCACUUUUGACUUUUUCGUCAAGGUAUGUUGUACCACAAUAUUCUUUAGUAUUUUCGCAAUUACAUACAACAUGUUCUGGAUUAACACUCAUAGUGUGAAAAAUUUAUUGGACCAACUACAGUAUAUUUGUAAUGAGCUAAAGAACGAAAAAGAAAUUGCUAUUAUUACAAAAUAUGGAAAUAACGCGAAACGUUGCACAACUAUAAUUACAUCAUUCGCCACAUGCAGUACAUUUAUUGCUACUCUACUACCAGUUUGGCCACAAAUUCUUCAUAUUGUUUUGCAUAAAAAUGAGUCUCAAUCACGUCCGACAAUACAACUCGUGCCUGAGUAUUUUGAUCAAGAAAAAUAUUUCUAUUUACUUGUAUUUCAUAUAAACACAGUUAUUUGUAUAGGAGCGAUUACGGCGACAGCUACAGCAACAAUGCUUCUAGGAUGGAUUAUAUACAUAUGUGGACUAUUUCGAGUUGUAAGUUAUCGCAUCGAACAAGCAAUGACCAUUGAAGUCCUCAGAAAUAUUCAUCUGGAAAACGAAACUGUAAUUUAUAAAGAAAUAAGUGAUGCCAUCGAAAUUCAUUGCAAGACUAUAAAAUUUUCCGAAUUUUUCUCAUCGACCUUUCAAGGCUCUUUCUUCAUAUUAAUAUCAAUUGGUGUGAUUUCUUUGAGCAUGAAUUUUUUUGGAGUUUUUCAAAAUCUGGGGCAGGGAAAUACAGAAUCACUUAUAUUACACAUAAUCGGCAUAACUGUUAUCCUUAUAUAUAUGUUCAUAGCCAACUAUGCCGGACAAGAAGUUACAAAUCACAACAAUCAUAUAUACUUUACCGCAUACAAUAGUCGGUGGUACGUAGCACCUUUACACGCACAAAAGAUGUUACUCUUUAUAUUGCAAAGAAGCAAUAAAAAUUUCUACAUCAAUAUCGGCGGAAUCAUUGCGAUAUCCUUAGAAUGCUUUGCCGCACUAACAAAAUUGUCAAUGUCCUAUUUCACCGUUAUGUAUUCUAUGCACGAAUAAUGCGAAGAUAAUGUGUAGAUAAAAGCUGGCUAGAUACAAAUCGAUUAUAAUUUACCUUUCAUGAAAGAGCAAAAUAUGUCAUAUCAAGAAAUGUUGACUAAACGAAUGAAUAUAUCACAAAAGCAUUGAUUUGAUUUUCUCAUUGUUGCAUUGUUUAUGAAGCCACAAAUUCACAAUUAUUUCGUU